AUGCAGACUGAUAAAACGGUGUUGAGCUUGAGACCUGGAGGAGGUUCCCGCGGCGGAAGCAGAGUUUUUGGUCCGCGUUUCGAAGCGGCGGCGGCCAAUUCUGAUCUCCCGGUAUUGCGUCCACAUGGCGGUGGCGGUGCUCCUUCCUUAAAGACUGGAGAAUACCGAUUUGAGGGCCGUGAGUGGAUCCGUUAUACCCGAGAACAGCUGCUGCGGCUAAGGGAGGUGGUCAACAUCUCCAAAGAAAUUCUGAAAGUUAAACAAGAAGUUGAAGCUGAAUUUUCUGGUACUGAUCCAAGCUGGGGUCGUGGAGAAAGUAAUGUUCCAAAUCUGGCUCAGGGUCGUUAUUCUGAAACAGACAACCGUGACUGGCGGAAUCGGCCUGCACAAUUUCCUGUUCCCGCCGAGGAGAGAUCCUGGGAAGUUAUUCGAGACAGAGAAUUUGGUGGCCGGUUUGAUUCAAGGCAACAAGACGUAAACCAAUACAAUAGGCAAGAGCAACUGAGCACUCAGUUCGCUAGAUCACAAAACCAAGGGGGAGGACCUACUUCUGCUCUAAUCAAGGCUGAGGCACCGUGGUCUGCUAGAAGGGGAAAUCUUUCUGAGGAGGAGCGUGUAUUGAAGACAGUGAAGGGCAUACUGAACAAGCUGACUCCUGAGAAAUUUGAUCUAUUGAAGGGUCAAUUGAUUGAUUCAGGGAUCACAACGCCUGAUAUCUUAAAGGGAGUCAUAUCAUUGAUAUUUGACAAGGCUGUGCUGGAGCCCACAUUUUGCCCCAUGUACGCGCAACUAUGUUCUGAUCUAAAUGAGAAGCUUCCCUAUUUCCCUUCUGAUGAGCCUGGUGGAAAAGAAAUCACAUUUAAGCGAAUCCUUUUGAAUAACUGCCAAGAGGCAUUUGAAGGGGCUGACAAAUUGAGGGAAGAAGUCAGGCAGAUGACUGCUCCUGAGCAAGAAUCAGAACGAAGAGAUAAGGAAAGGUUGGUCAAACUCCGUACACUUGGAAAUAUCCGUCUAAUUGGGGAGCUUUUGAAGCAGAAGAUGGUUCCAGAGAAGAUUGUUCAUCACAUUGUCCAGCAACUCUUAGGACAUGAUACCAAGAGUUGUCCUGCAGAGGAGAAUGUUGAGGCCAUAUGUCAGUUCUUUAACACCAUUGGUAAACAGCUUGACGAGAACCAAAAAUCAAAGCGUAUUAAUGACAUGUAUUUCAACGGCCUGAAGGAAUUGUCAACAAACUCUCAGCUAGCCGCACGACUGAAGUUUAUGAUUCGUGAUGUUAUUGAUAUGCGUGCAAAUAAAUGGAUCCCUAGACGGGAAGAGGUGAAAGCCAAAACCAUCACUGAGAUCCACUUGGAAGCUGAGAAGAAUCUGGGGUUACGUCCAGGUGCUACUGCUAGCAUUAGAAAUAGUCGACCAGCUUCUGGUGCUCAAGGUAGUUUUAGCCCAGGUGGCUUCCCAAUGAAUCUGGCUGGUGCAGGUGGUAUGAUGCCUGGAAUGCCUGGAACAAGAAAGAUGCCUGGAAUGGACAGUGACAACUGGGAAGUUGUUCCAAGGUCCCGGUCAAUGUCAAGAGAGCAUGUUUCAACAGCUCAACCUGCUGGCCAUGCUCAGCUGCCACAAUUUGGCAAGUCUUUAAACCAACAAUCUCAAGGUAGUGGUGGUUUCGUGAGCAGUAGACCUAGUGCCCUCUUGCAGGGUAGUAGUGCACCCCCUCCGUCUCUCCCAGCUAAUUACGGAGGAUUUGGUACGGAACAUGGAUCUCAUGCUCCUGCUCCAUUUAGACAGGCUCCACCAGCAUCAGUGGCACUAGCUAAUGACAAACCAGUGGCCCCUGCCCCAAGAUUGAAUCCAGUUGAACUCAAGAGAAAGACAGUUUCUCUUCUGGAGGAAUAUUUUGGCGUCCGACUUGUGGACGAAGCAUUACAGUGUAUUGAGGAGCUGAAGUCUCCCUCCCACCAUCCUGAAAUUGUCAAGGAGGCCAUUUCCCUUGGAUUGGAGAAGAGCCCUCCAUGUGUGGAACCUGUUGCAAAACUUUUUGAGUACUUGUUGGCCAAGAAAGUCCUUACUCCUAAGGACAUAGCCACCGGAUGCCUCAUCUACAGUACACUGUUGGAUGAUCUCGCCGUUGAUUUACCUAAAGCGCCAGCCAAUUUUGGCGGGAUUAUUGGGGGACUCAUUUUGGCCGGCGCCUUGGAUUUCAAGGCAGUCACAGAAAUCCUGAAAACAAUAAGCGAUGACUACUUCCAAAAAGCAGUAUUUAGCUCCAUAAUGAAAAUUAUAAGCUCUAGCCCUACUGGAAAGGGAAUUUUGGAUUCACAAGCAUCUGAUAUUACUGCCUGCCAGAGCUUAUUUUAG